AUGCUAAAAAUAGUUAUUGUUGGAUUUCUGAUUCCUGCUCUAUUGGUAACUUUUUCCAAUGAGCAAUGUACAGGCACAAAUCCUAAUAUGCUUAUCAGUACAUAUGAGACUGGAAAAGAUGUAUUAAUGACAGAUAUUGUUCUUGAUAAAAGUAACAGCAUUUUCGCUGUCGGUAAUUAUCAAACAUUUGAACUGAUCUACGCUAAAUAUGAUCAAGUUGGAACUCAAGUCUGGACUAAAAAGUUUGGCUCUGGAGGCUAGACUACAGUGACAGGAGUUGCUAUAGAUCCUUAUGAUGGAGAUACUAUUUUUGUGACAGGGGCAGCUUAGUCUUCAACCAUUAAUGAAAACAGGGGUAGUUGGGACAUCUUCUUGCAUUCAGUGGAUACAACUGCUGGAGAUUCUAACUGGAUGCUUUAUUGGGGAGGAGCAUAAAAUGGCAUUUCAACUGCAGUAACUGUAUCGCCUGAUGGAGGUAGAAUCCUCGUGGGUGGCUACUAAAACUCAUUUUUGCCUGCUGACUAUACAAUAGCUAAUUGUAUUUUGCUAUUUGAUUACACAGGUUAGUAUCUUUGGGCAAAAACAUAUACAGAAUCUACAUUCAAACAACUAUAAACAAUGGGCAUACUUUUCAACAUCCAAGGAGACUAUUUCUACGAAGUUAUUAAUGCUUAAAUGGCAGAUGAUACAUUUUAAACCAUAUUGAGGAAAUCAGUAAUGUCAGUGAAUGUUGCUUAAAAGUAUACUCAAAGUUUAGGAACAUCAGCUGGGUCAUUAACAGCUUCUAAUGGUUUAACUCUUACUCCCGAUGAGAGUUUUAUUAUAGCACCUAUGACUAAUAAUAAUCCUGACUAUAUGAACGGAGCAAAUGAUUAAAUCUUAGUAUCUUGCUAUUUUUCGAGUAGUGGGAGCAUUAAUUGGCUUUCUCAAGUAUACUAUACUGGAGAAGAUGUUACUCUUUACGGUGGUAAUGUGAGUCCCGAUGGAACAAAAUACUACUUAAGUCUAAAUGUAGACACAUCUGGUGUGGGCGUAGCAACUAUUAAAAUCUUAGAUGGAGGCUUGAUUAGAUUCAGAUAGUGGGGUCCACUUGAUUUCCCACUACCUGCUAUUUAUGCUAACACUUAUGAUAGGUUAGUCGUCUUGGGAAUUAUAUCAUCUGGCCCUCUUAAACAAGGAAGCAGUAAGAACUCAAUAAUUACAGAAUGGGAUAAUACAAUGGAAGACAAAACUUGUAAUGCAUUUGAGUUUGGUUCAAGCUCAUUAAUAGUUGCAGCUAUUUCAUCAGCACCUUUAUUAACAACCACUUCUGUAACGCUGAAUAUCUAGAAUAUCUAUUAAAUUGCUAUGGACACAUCUUCAAGUAAUACUGGAUCCUCGACGUCACUUUCAACUGUUAAUCUCUAUUCUAAAUGCAAUGCUAAUGAUCUAAUUUUUCCAACUUCAAUGUUCCCAUAAACUAUAACAAUUGGAGAUAGUUUAUCCGUUUCUUAAUCAGCUUAUUGCUAUCAAGGAACUGAUUUUGCAACAGCAACUUCAACAUAUUCAUCAACAUUGAUAGAUGGCUCAGCGCUACCAUCUUGGCUUACUUUCACACCAAGUACAAGAACGUGGUCAGGUAGUCCUUCAUCUGCUAGCGUAUUGUAUAUAAAUCUAAGAGCAGAUUAUACCAUUACUUCUCAAUCGCAUACAGUUGUGACUACAUUUAAACUUACUAUAAAGAAUACUCCUCCCUAUGUUUAGUACUCAAUCCCCUCAUUUUCUCAAAAAGCUGGAAAGUAUUUUAAUUAUCAAGUUGAUGUAAAUACCUUUGGAGAUUCUGAAGGUGACAAUUUCUAUUUUUAUUCAUUUAACUCUGGAGCUCCAGAGCAACCACUACCAAGUUGGAUAGUUUUUACUCCUUUCAAUAGCACUUUUGCUGGAAUCGCCCCUGAUUCUUAAAGUUUAGAUGUUAUCGUAUAUGCUAUUGAUUCAGCUGAUCAAGUUGCUUCAGCUACUUUCACAAUAUCAGUUACUAAUGCAGGACCCACAAUAGUGACUGGGAUCCCUGAUAUGUCAAUUAACACUCUAGAACAUUUCUUUUACAAGAUUCCUUCAAAUUAUUACACAGAUGCUGAUGGACAUAAAUUAUCUGUUAUACCUGACAUAUCUGCUGUUUGUCUAAAAGAAUGGUUGAUUUAUAAUAAAGCAUCUUUGAGUUUUUCAGGAAUACCUCCUUAAUAAUGCAAAGGAUCAUCUACCAUUACAGUUACUAUCUCAGAUGGGUUUACAGGAGGAUCUAUAGAUGAUUCAUUUGUACUCACUAUAAAUGCUAAACCGACUUAGCAUUAAACCAAUGGAUUUAUCCCAUAAUCCUUUACAUUUGCUCAAGGUAUAAACACUAUUGAUCUAUCAAUAUAUUUCGAGGAUUAAGACACUAGUGCUACUCUAACAUAUUCUGUAACUAAGGCCAAUGGUCAGUCCCCAGGAACCUGGAUUUCUACUGAUGCUUAUUCAGGCUUAUUGACUAUCAAUGCAGGUAUUGCAAAUGCAGGUACUACUUAACUAUUGGCUACUAUUGCAGAUGAAAAGGGAGCUUCAUUUAAACAGUCAUUCUAAAUAAUAAUAAAUAGUGGUCCUAUAAUAAAUGAAUCAAUGAACACUCUUUAUGCUACCACUGGUAUCUCAUUUGCAAUAAUUUUAUCUCCUACUCUAUUCAUUGAUCCUGAAAAUCAGAAACUAUCCAUCAAAUGCACCUAAAAUGGAGGACUCGCCAUCCCAUCUUGGCUUACAUUUGAUACUUUAACCUAUACUUUGUAUGGAACACCAGCAGUUUCAGACAUUGGAUCUUCAAUAUUAGAACUUUAGGCUACUGAUCCAUACGGAUUAAGUACUUCAAUUCUAUAUGUAAAUCUUGAAAUCAGAUCAAACAACUCACCUUUAAUCAGAAUUGGUGAGACAAUGCCAGUACAGUCAAUUAAGAGCUAAUUAGAUUUUUCUUUCCAGAUUCCAGAUAAACUUUUCUAAGAUCCUGACGGAGAAAGUACAGUUUUAAAUUUAAUGCAAGCUGACGGUAGUGAAUUACCUAAUUGGAUCAAGUUCACUCCUGAGAAUAGACUAGUCUAUGGAACAGCUAUUACAAAUCUAGCUUCUCUAAAUUUAAAAAUUUUAGCAAGCGAUCCAAAGAGAGCUACAGCUUCUACAACCUUUACUCUUAAUAUAAUAAAAAAUAAAGCACCAUUAGUCUUGAAUGAAAUAGGAUAGGUUUAGGUCUAUAUGAAUAUCUACUUUGAGUUCCAAAUACCUGAAUCUAUCUUUAGAGAUGAAGAUGGGGACGAAUUAUCAUACUAUAUGGCCUAGUUCGACAAAAAUACUUAAAUUCCUCCAUGGUUAAAGUUCAUUCCUGGCAAUAGGACACUGAAUGGAAUUCCUAAAGAUGGUGAAGGCUAAACUCUAUUAUUUAAGAUGUAUUCUGACGAUGGAAGAGGUGGAGUUAGUUAUCAAGUUUUAUAUUUAGUAAUCAAUGAAAACUAUGAUUUAGGGAAAUUAAUACCUUUGAUUAUAUUAGGCUGGCUACCAUUAGUUGGUAUAUUUGGUUUUGCUUUUGCAAUGGCUUUUGUUAAAGUACCUAAUUUAGGAAAUGAGCAUAUUUUACAAGCUACUUCAAAAGUAGAUUAUGAUACCUUAAGAAUGGCUUUAGAGGAGCAAAUACGUUACAAAAAGAGAUAAGAGCAAUUAAAAUGA